AUCAAAUUAAAAUCAUACUCGGGCCGAUUCCUAAACUCGAUUUCCCGGCUAAAAUUCCCCGAUUCAGGCCGAAACCCUAAACUAGAACUAAGAUCGGAGCUGGGAUAUGGUGAGAUUUAGCGGAGUGCUGCUGAAAGAAGCGGGGCAUGUUAUCAACAAGACUCUGUCGGAGAUUCUCGUCUGCCCUCUUUCCAAGCAACCCUUGAGGGUCUGCGAGAAGACGAAUUCGCUGGUCAGCGACGCCAUUGGUGUCUCUUUUCCCAUCAAAGAUGGGAUUCCAUGCUUGGUUCCAAAGGAUGGCAAGAUUCUUGAAGUGGGAGAAGGUGAUGAUGCAUCAAAAGCUUGACGAUUUUGCUUUUGCGCCUAAAACGGAUUAGACUAUUGGAUCAGGGCAAAGGGUAGAAACAUGUUCCACAUGAUCUUGUCUUGUGUGCUGAUUUAGGUUAUCUUGUGGUUUGGUUCAUUUGGAGUUUCACUAAAAUGUUGUUGAAGCAAAUAUAGAACAAACCCAAUUGGGCAUUAGAUGUUUGGGAGGCAGCUUAGUGACUGGUGGCCACGUUACCCGAAACCCGACCCGACCCGACCACUUCAUCCGAAUCCUUUCCGAAAAUUCGAUACCCGGAAGUUUCAGAUUUAGUUCGGGUAAUAAAACUGUUUUAUCGGGUUCCGGUUUAAUCCUAUUGGUAUUCGGUUUCUUUUUAUUUUGAAAAAAAAAAUAUUGAUUCGGUUUUUA